UUCUAUCAAGAUCUACCCGCAGAUACAGGCCUCCCUCUCUCUCGCUCCCAUUCUCUCUCUCUCUCUCUUCCUCACACUUUGUUUUUCUACCAAGGUGUUUGUAUAACUUGUUUCAUUGGAAUUGUUUCGGAAUCUCGGAUCUGGCUGCCUCGCUGCUUCGAAUAACUCAUCGGUCAAAGGUCGCCAUGCCGCCAUCUUUCACCGACGUCCCGAUGGACCUGUCUAUGAAAUCGCGUCGGAAGCUCCGCCUGGAGGAGUUCCUUCGCCAGAACCUAGACGAAGCUCCCGCCGGGCGCGUGAUCGAGUGGGUGGACCGUGCCAAGGGCAUCUUCAGGAUACUGUGGACUCACCAGAGCUCGGGGGCAUUCACACACGACGACGCUGCUCUGUUUCGCUACUGGGCUCUUGCCAGGGGAAAACCCGCCAACCUGUCCUCAGUAGAGUUAAAGCAGAGUCUGAGGAUGGCCCUGAAUAAAUCGCCUUCAGUAGAACGCAUAGAGAGGACACACGAUGAAUACCGAUACUUCAGGUUUACAGCGUGGUCAUCGGCCGAGUCCCCUUCUCGCUCUGCCUCCGACGCCACCUCGCAGCCCUACGACGUCGCCCCCGACUUCGCCUGCUCUAGCCCCAAGGCCCGGAAGCUGCAAGACCCCGAGGACUGCCUCCCGCCCACGAGGGAGCAUCGGCCUCUCCUCAGGGAACUUCUGACCCAGCCUGACCCGACCUCCUACGACCCCUACUACUCCAGGAAGGUCGUCAGUCCCCCUGCCAGCACUUCGUCGAGUGAGGAAGCGCUGUCGUGGUAUUCCGUGGCCGAAGAUACGACUCCGCGAUACGCCUUGAAACAUCCUACGACCUAUCCUGUACGCGACAACCCCAGUCCGUUCGAAAUGGACGACUAUUUCGUCCAACGCGUUCCCACGAAGGACGACCCCCCGCAAAGAAGCAUCGCCUUGCGCACCGACCUUUACGACCCGACCUCCAGAAACGAACCCUACCACCUGUACCUGCACGGCCACAGCUACGACCUCGGCGAGAAACAGAGGCGCUACGACCCCUGGACGGCUUACUCGGCGCGCGAGGCGAGUGACCUGCAGUACGCGGUUCCGUCGCUGGGCGAUUGCCUCCCAGCUGGCUACGAAUACUACCCGAGUUUGUAUUCCAGCAAUUUCCCCUCCGCCUCCCCGAGCCUUCGUGGAGAGCGCUCCCAGCUUUUUAACAAUUUUAUGAAAUUACAGGACAGUUAUAUGCUAACGAGAUAACGUUGCCCUAAACGAACUAUGUUUGUAUCAUUGUUGUAUAUAUACGUUUUGAAUCAAUUAAAAAAAAAAAAAAGUGAAUCUAAUUAUAAAGUUGUUGUUACAGUAUUACUCUUUCUAAGGUGACAGUAACUGUAGAUUUUAUGUAUAUAUAGAAAUAUAUAUAUAUAUAUAUACAUAUAUGUAUGUAUAUAUAUGUUUAUAUGUAUGUAUAUGUAUAUAUAUAUGUAAAUAUAUAUCAUGUAUCUAUAUAUAUACAACUAAAGUAUGUGUAUAUGUAUAUGUAUAUAUCUACACAUAUAUAUAUACAUAUAUAUACAUAUUCUGUACAUAUUCUUCUAGAUCACAAACCAUGCAGGCAUAGUUUGAUAAUCGGUAAAUCUUUUAAGCUGUUAGGUCGCCAAUAUUGCCUAAUAUGUAUUUUAUAUCAUUAAUUAAGAUUAAGUCAUUUUGAUACUACAUUCGCGUUUCAUAUUUUGUUUAUAACCCGAAUGGAAUUGCGUGUCUUGUGUGACAAAUAAUUUGAUAACCCAAGUGUAUGGUAACUAUUAGUUACGUUUGAUUGAAUAUAAUGAAUGAGAAUUUU